AGUGCGCUUCCAAACACACCCUUAAAGACCCUCAAACUGCUCCAGCUCCCAGCAGGUGGGUGACCAGAGGAGCUGUUCCUACUGAUGGGUCCAAAAUCCCAAGGGGGGAUGCUUGGGAAUCUCCUUCCCUCCUCUGCAAGCUUGGUACCGUGGGGCGCGAAAGUGCCGGGCUCCCCCGGGAGGGAUCGGGGUGUCCGGUAAGGGAGGUGCAAGGCUCUCUGAGGCGGGUCUUGGGCAGGUGGAGGCGGGCCGAGCUUCGGCUUUUGGCAGCUUCACAGCAAGCAGAGAGAGCGGGGAGGACCUGUCGGCUGCUGCGGAGGAUGCGAAGUUUGUGCUGGCUGCUGCUCCCGCCGGUUGUGGGAAUCCAUCCAGAAUGCAAGAUAUUCCAGCAAGUGGUCAAAGAGGAGGCUCUCUGCUUAGAAAAGAAUGACUCUCUUUCACCUGAUCUUAAAGGAUGUGCCAGAGAUUGGGAUGGCCUAACCUGCUGGCCCACAGCCGCUUUUGGGGAAGUGGUUAAAGUUCCCUGUCCAAGAUUUUUUGAAGAAAUCACCAAUAUCCAUGGUUUCCUUCAGAGAAACUGUACACAGGAGGCAUAUUGGUCAGAACCAUUCCCACCGUACACCAUUGCCUGUGGAUUUGAUGAAGGUUCCAGUAAAGGGCCUGAGGAUCAGAAAUCAUAUUAUUCUGCAUUUUGGCGUGUCUACACUGCUGGCUAUGCAGCAUCAGUGACUUCACUCAUUACAGCUCUAAUUGUCUUUGCUGCCUUCAGAAAAUUCCACUGUACACGGAAUUACAUCCAUAUGCACCUGUUUGUCUCCUUUAUCCUGAGAGCAAUUGCUGUUUUCACCAAAGAUGCCGUUUUGUUUGCAGAUGAAACUAUGGACCACUGCAUAAUGUCAACGGUUGCUUGUAAGGCUGCUAUGGCAUUCUUCCAGUUCAGUGUUUUAGCCAAUUUCUUCUGGCUUCUUAUAGAAGGGAUUUACCUGCAAACACUGCUUUUGUUAACCUUUGUUUCGGACAAGCAGUAUGUAUGGUGGUUCAUAUUUACUGGCUGGGGGGCUCCCACUGCUGUGAUGUUUGCUUGGGUCCUCACACGAAUAAACCAACAAAAUACCGGAUGUUGGGAUGACGAUGAAAGUGGAGUAGUGUUAUGGAUCAUCAAAGGUCCCAUUCUGCUAACUGUACUAAUUAACUUUAUUAUAUUUAUUAAUGUGAUCAGAAUUCUAGUCCACAAAUUGAAAUCUCAAGAGGGAGGAGGGAGCCAUUCAAGCCACUUUGUGAGACUUGCUAAAUCCACGUUACUCUUAAUCCCCCUCUUUGGAGUGCACUACAUUGUGUUUGCAUUUUUCCCAGAAAGCACUGGCUUGGAAGCUCGCCUUUAUGUUGAGCUAGGCUUGGGUUCUUUUCAGGGUUUUGUUGUCGCUCUUCUAUAUUGCUUCUCAAAUGCAGAGGUUCAAAGUGAACUGAAGAAACAAUUAUGCAAAUGGCAGUAUCAAGAAUACCUGAACUUCACACACAAACACAAGACUUUUUCCAGAGAAAAUAGUCCAGUCAACUAUGUCACUCAGUUAUCACUGCUCGAAAAAAACAGUCCAAAAAGGAAAACAUCUGUGUAACAGAUUGUUGUAAAUUCUGUUUGAGCUUUUCUAGCAGGAUGAGUUGCUGUGACACUGUAAUACCUGAAAGAUUGCCAGCUUGAAUCCUUCAUGUCUUGAAUCCUUUCCAUAGUGUCAAGAGCCUUCUGUGAAUUUCUUGUCCUGAAAGUGAGCUGUUUUUCUCACCUGGUAUAGACUGGUAUCACAACACUGGUUCUUUAUCUCCUUAAGCAUAUAAAAUAGACUGGUUUUGUUGGGAAAAGCAAGACCUUAAGCUGGUGCGAGUCAACAGGUUAGCACCCAGUAAAAAGGAACUACGUUAACUCCUCCCAGGCCCAGCAUGUUUGUCAUGUCUUUGUUGGUGUUUCCUGAAAUUUCCAAUUUUUAGAGCACUAUUCCUAAUCUCGAUUUGAAACGGUUAUAUGGUGAAAAGGGUUUGUCAUAAUGAUUAGUGAUGUUUUCCUAGUUGUUUUGAGACACCUUGAGACAACUUAAUAUGAAUUACACACAGAAACAUGCUAAACACCUACCCAUGGAGGAGCAACCUCCUUUAAAAGGAAUCUCAAGAUGUCUCAAG